ACCUCACUGUAAAAUGGUAUUCACUCCCAUAUUACAGAACCACAAAUUUUCUCCUAUAAUUUGCUUUCUGAUUUCUAGCAUUUUCGAGCUUAUUUUCUAUCAAAAUCUAUACAAACAAUGGCAGAUGAAGUAGUUCUCUUGGAUUUCUGGCCAAGUAUGUUUGGAAUGAGGGUCAAAGUAGCUUUGGCUUUGAAAGGUAUCAAAUACGAAUACAAACAAAAAAAUCUUAGAGAUAAAAGUCCUUUGCUCUUGGAGAUGAAUCCAAUCCAUAAGAACAUCCCUGUUUUGAUUCACAAUGGAAAACCCAUUUCCGAAUCACUCAUAAUUGUUGAAUACAUUGAUGAAGUUUGGAAUGAGAAAUCUCCUCUUUUACCAACUGAUCCUUAUCAGAAAUCCCAAGCUAAGUUUUGGGCUGAUUAUGUUGACAAAAAGGUUCAACCUAAUGGAAGGAAGAUAUGGGCAAGUAAAGGAGAUGACCACGAGAUGGCUAAGAAAGAAUUUCUUGAGGGUUUGAAGGUAUUGGAAGGAGAGCUUGGAGAGAAACCAUACUUCGGUGGUGAAAAGAUUGGGUUUUUGGAUGUGGCUUUUAUUCCUUUCUAUGCAUGGUUUUAUACGUAUGAGAAAUGUGGAAAUUUUAGCAUAGAAGAAGAAUGUCCAAAGAUUGUGUCUUGGGCUAAGAAGUGCUUGGAAAUGGAGAGUGUUUCUCAGUCACUUUCUGAUUCCGAAAAGAUUUAUGAAUUUGUUCUCACCAGGCUUGCAACUGCAUAGAGUCAUGCCGAAAGCUCGCACGGUCUCUAAGGGUCUGGUCUAAGACUAAGAAUAUUACUUUAGGAAUUUAUAGUAGAGUGAUGCAAAUGUUUUAUAAUUUUUCUUGUACUUGUUUUUUUCCUUUCAAUAAAAUUUUACCUCUUUACUUCAAAA